AAGAGCCAGGAGGCGCCUUCUUAGUGCGCAUGCGUCACAAAUUCUUUCGCUGCAGAUUUUUUUUCCAUUGCCCUAAAAAACACAUUUUUCUUCUUCUUAGUGAGUGUAACUUUAUGGCCAGAUACAUGAGGCCUCCAAACACGUCUUUGUUUGUCAGAAACAUCUCCGAUGAGUCCAGGCCUGAGGAUUUGCGGCGUGAGUUUGGCCGCUAUGGGCCAGUAGUAGAUGUCUACAUCCCACUUGACUUCUAUACACGUCAGCCAAGAGGAUUUGCAUACAUUCAAUUUGAGGAUGUGCGUGACGCAGAAGACGCUCUUCACGGCCUGGACAGGAAGUGGGUGUGUGGCCGGCAGAUUGAAAUCCAGUUUGCCCAGGGGGACAGAAAGACACCAAACCAGAUGAAAACGAAGGAGCGACGGUCGCCGAGCAGAUCCUCCCGAUACGAUGACUACGACCGAGACGGCCGGCGCAGACGCUCACGCAGCCGCAGCUACGACCGAAGCUACAGGUCACGAAGCCAAUCUUAUGAACGCCACCGCAGACGGUCUGAAAGUCCUCGAGAGUCUCGAGGACGCGCGUACGGAAGAGGAAGAAGCAGGAGCCGCGAGGACGACCGGUACAGACAGAGGCCUCGUAGAGAGUCCAGAGGGAGGUCUCGCUCCCGCUCCAAGUCCGCCUCUCCCCGAGAGACCGUCAACCCGGCGUCCACCUCCCAUUACACAGAGGAAGAAGUGCGCCACACUCGCUCCCCGUCCCGCUCCAGGUCCCGCUCCGCAUCAAGAUCCCGCUCUCGUUCGCGCUCCAGGUCCCGAUCCUGGGCCGGACGCAAAUCAGGUGGUCGCUAAAUAAAAGUAUCUGCUCCCCGUUCUCUCCGUCAUUAUGUCAGCCGGACCCCGAGUCGAUCUUUUGUUUGAAUGUAACGUCCACUGAACCAUUUGUAGAAAGCUUGUUUUUUUUUUUGUUUUUUUUCCUGCAGCUGCAUUUUAAGUACGAUGAUGGUCCUUUGCUCGGUUUUAUAUAAAAAAAAAGUUUGUGAGUUUUCGCCUGUUAGGAAUAAGAAACGGUCACUAUUUGUGUUCAGUGGUAGUCGGUCAGGAGUGAGUCUGUUUAAUUUUAAUGUACGGUUACUGAGGAUGAUUUUUUUCUAUCCCCUAUGCACCCUUUUUGCAAAAUAAACAACAUUCAGUAUUUUUAAAAGGAAUCCAGUCUGAGGACCCAGAGAGUCAGCGUUUCUGUGUGUUUUAUAACAAGCUCAUACUUUUUACUUUACUGCUGAUGUUUGAUCAACAGCGGGACAAGACUUUCUCCGUGCCUGAACGGGAAAUAAACUCGGGAAAUCUAAAAAAAUAAAUUUAAAAAACAUAAAAAGUAACAGAGUGGUGUCUGUCACACAGCAGCUGUUGUCAUAGAGACAAGACCGAUGUUCAGCGUUCCCGAGAGCACAACCACCCAAAAAAAACAGCUCUAAUCACUUGAAUAAUCUGACAGAUUCAGCCAGUUACAUAUUCUCUUGUCAGAAUUACAGACUGAAUAUUAAGAGUUAAGUUCACUGACCUGCAUCAGAAACACACAGCUCAAAGUUUCAGUGAUAAUCAAACUCAAAUAACGUCAGAAAGUUUCAUGAAAUGUGUGUUUCUGACAUUUUUCAGCCGAGGUGUUUUAAGUAUGGGCAGCUGAAAUGCACAGAAACGCUGCUGUGGUCAUGAAAAGUGUUAAACUUCUUCCACCAGUGACUUCAUCCAAACCCUGUUUAAGAUGUUUGUCUUUCUUUUUUCGUGGUGCGUUCUGUGACAUCUGACCUUCUCAACAAGGUGUUUUAAUUAUGGAACACUUCUCCCAGAGUUUUUUCGGUUCAGAGACGAAAAGUUUCCGAUCGCUGUUAACGACUGUGUUGUUGGUUUUUUUUUUUCCCAAGAUGAAUCUUGUCACUGCAUGUUUUAUUCUCUUGAUCUUCUACCUUUAGUAGGAAGAAAACUGUUAUUUUGAGUAAUAAAUUGGUAACAUUCAGUAUGAGGAAA